AUGGCGCAAAUCCGCGGCACCGCGGGCUACAACCUCGGACACCAGAACCCCUUCGGAGGCCCUGGGAGGGCAGACGCGACGAGCGAUCCCAGUCCCUUGGAUGCUAUCCGAGAGCAGACUAGCAAGAUUGAGGACUGGCUGGAUACAUUGGCAGACCCAAUCAAGCCAUAUCUGCCAGCCAUUGGUCGUUUCUUGAUCGUUGUUACCUUCAUUGAGGAUAGUCUGCGUAUCAUCACACAAUGGACUGACCAGCUUAUGUAUCUGCGUGACUUCCGGAGCAUUCCCUGGGGUCUCACGCAUUCCUUUCUCAUCUUCAACAUCAUUUCCAUGUCGAUAUGCUCGUUCCUCGUCGUUGUCCGCAAGCACACUGAGGCAGCGGUCGCCGGUCUGCUCGCCGUCGUGAUCACACAGGGUCUUGGAUACGGUCUUAUCUUCGAUCUCAACUUCUUCCUCCGCAACCUGAGUGUCGUCGGUGGUCUGCUCAUGGUUCUGUCCGACUCGUGGGUGCGCAAGAAGUUCGUCCCCGCCGGUUUGCCUCAGUUGGAUGAGAAGGACCGCAAGAUGUACGUCCAAUUCGCUGGUCGUGUGCUCCUGAUAUUCCUGUUUGUCGGUUUUGUCUUCUCUGGCCAGUGGAGCUUGUGGCGUAUCAUUGUCAGUCUGUUCGGCCUUGUUGCGUGUGUCAUGGUAGUUGUCGGAUUUAAGGCCAAGUGGAGUGCCAUUCUCCUGGUUGUUCUGCUGAGCAUCUUCAACGUGCUCGUUAACAACUUCUGGACUCUUCACCCCCACCACCCCCACAAGGACUUUGCCAAGUACGACUUCUUCCAGGUUCUGUCCAUUGUCGGCGGUCUCGUGCUUCUGGUCAACAUGGGCCCUGGUCAAUUGAGUAUGGAUGAAAAGAAGAAGGUUUACUAG